UGUCUGGUUGUUGGAUUCGUAAAAACGGAUACAUUUGCGAGUCGCUGUAGAGGCACCGUUCAGCAUGCGUUGUUUACGGUGAGGGUCGGAAUACGAGCCCGUGGUCCACGUUAACGUCUCUGGUAAGUGUGUUUACUUUGCUUCAGCCUUGAUAACCGUUUGCAACCAACGUGCUAAACCCGGGGUAUGUCUAGUUACCCCGUAGAGAGCACUCAAACGUUAGGAGAGAUGACAGCUCCCCGGGGCUACGACUACUCCCCGGUGCAGAAACUGUAGCGUUAUAUUACACACGGUGUGAAUAACGGCGUCAGUGUUGACGGAGUCACCGUAAAGCUCCGCUCAGAUGUGGCUGAAGUGUUUUUAAUUGACAAUAUUUUUUACGAUAAUGAAUAACAGAAGAAUACCGUUGGCUAAUGUUAACAUACGUUAGCUCACAUAUCGCGUUAAAAGUUUGAAUUUGAAACUGUCCAUUCCAGCAUUUAGACCUCGCGCAGUUGAAAUCGAACCGCCGCUUCCAUUUGAUUGAAAACAUUCACUGAGAUGCAUUGCUAUCUAAUUGGCUAUAAAAUAUGUUUUUAAGUCAGUUUAGUUAGCAAGAUGAUUAGCUAGUCUAACGGUAACUAACGUGCAUGUUUGUGUGUGUGAACUAUGACUCACAAAGACCUCACAACAUCUUUAUUGUGUUGAUGUUGACGAUAAACGUCUUCUAUGGUUUUGCAUCACUGCUUCAAUCUUAAAUAAAGCUCGAAACCAACAUUUUCACGAUAGACAAUAACCUCCACCAUACUUGUACAUUAAAUGUAUUCCUUGUCAUGACCCUCCAGAAAGUUAUUGUUUAAAAAACAAACAAAUGUAAACCUUUUUACAAGAUAUGUUAACAUUUUAAUUGGCUCCAUGGAAGAGAUCUCUCUCAGCCUCAUUGACUUUGUGUAUAAUUCUAUUAUAAUGAGUUAAUUUCCUCAUGAAUGCUCUCUAAUGUGUCAAUGUUUAUCUAAAUCUUUACUUUAGUCUCGUUUCUCUCUUGCUUUGCCACUUUUGGUUUAGGGCUGCAACUAACGAUUAUUUGCACAUCGGUUCAUUGUUUGGUCUAAUGUCAGAAAAUAGUGAAAAUGUCUCAAUUAAUCUAUUCAACCGAACACUAUUUUGAUAAUCAAAUAAUUGACAUGGUCAUUUGUAAAGCUAUUAUGCCAAAAUUCCCUAAUUGCAGCUUCUAUGAUUUGAGGGCUUUCUUUAGUUGUAUGUGAGUCACCUUGGGUUUAAGAGGAAUGUGAGGGGCCUUUUUUCACUAUUUCCUGACAUUGUAUAUAUGCCAAUGAAUAUUUUUCCAUUUUGAAAAGGAACUUAUUAAAAGAUGUUUCCUCAUUUCAGAAUAAACCGCCGUCCCAGAGAUCAGAAAAACAAGGAGAGAAAGAGAGAGCAAGGGGAUGUUGACUUAUCCCUCUGACUCCCUCCAUCAGAUAGUUUGUCCAAUGGAUGAAUGUGCGAUUCCCCCAAACAGUUUCUGUAGCGCACCUCCCCACAGUGAACCUCCACCACCUCUCCUCCCCCUUUCCUCCGUCACUCCCAGCUGUGCGAAAAAUGGAAUAUCUGGACACAGACUCAGUGGCCGCAUUCAAGAGAUCCGACCACAAACCCCGAAGAAGCAGAGCAACACAGACAACGGAGCCGCCCAGAAACCACCCAGACAGGAUCUGGCCCCCACAAAGAGACAAAGAGAGGGUGCAAACAUGGUGUCACAGUCCAAGCAGCAAAGAGUUGAAGGCCCGCAUGAACAUGAGCAUCAAAAGGAGGAUGGAUUUGAUGAGAGUUUUGCAGCAGAGCGCCAAAAUAAGCAAAUCGACCAGAGAAGCCCAGAGACUGAAGAAGAUGUGGUCGAGCAGUUUGCUGUCGAUACCACACAGAAUCCUGACACCACGGAACCUGACAUGGAUACAUGUGGGGGGGGAUUGGCUGUUGGACACUCUUUUGAAAAUGCGUCCCCGCCAAAGGGAUGGGUGAUCGGCCCCUUGUUUCAGUCAUUCAAGUCCAAGAUGGCCAGUUUCACAGAGAUAGUCAUGAGUCCCGUUAAACUCUUCAGAGCUAAUAGUCCUCCACCGUGCACGGACCUUCCAGACAAACCCGACGAGCCUGAGCUGCAGCCCACUAGAGCAUCUGAUGGUGAACACUCGGCGCCAAGUGAUGUGUUUCCUUCAGCAGCACAAAGUGAGGAUGAGAGGCUCAGUGAAGUAGAAGGUGCACCAAAUGCAGAAACUGUUGCUCUUAAAUAUUCAAAAAGAUUAUUGUUCGAUGUAGAGUUGCCAACCCAUGGCUCCGAACGGGCGGAUGAAUGUGCAAUAAGCCAAAAGGAAAAGAACUCUCCUGAUUCUGUGCCUUUGCAGCGCAGCCCCUUACCCUGCAUUGUUUCUGAGGACGUUUCCGGAUCUGUAGGGUCCGUUAUUAGGUCCUCGAUAUUGUUACAGCCCUCUCUCAAUAUAAGUGCCUCACAUGAAAACAAGGUAAAUAUCUCUGGUGCUAUCGUGGACCAGAAAGGCAAAUUGGCUGCCCAGCUGAAACCACUGCCAAGGAAAUGUUCAGUAAAGAAAGUUUCCUCUAAGACUUCAACAUCUAAAGUAAAAAAGGAAGAGUCUGAGGUUAGUGGUGAGCAGGUUUCUCACGUGAAUUCAGUGAAAUCAAACAAAGCUGAUUCCGUCUGUUAUGCUCAGCCUGACACUGACUGUCCUCAGCCUGAUGAUGAUGAUGAUGAUGAUGGCAGGAAAAUAGAAAGUCUGGAUCGCCCCAGCCACCUAAAAAAGUUAAGUGACGGUGCUAAUGGAGGAACACUGAAGCCUUCUUUGAAUACUCAGGAGCUGGACUGUCAGCUGAACCCUGAAACUUAUUCCGCUUCAGGUCUUGGGAGAGCAAAGAGAUGGGUGGACCUCGACUGCCAUUCCCAAGACUUUGUGAAGAGGAAGAGAUUAACAGCAGAUGCAUGUACAAAAAGACGAGAGUUAUUAAAUGUGGCUUCAGAUGUUGGCAUAUUGAGACCAACAAGAAGAGAAGCUGUGUCGACAAAUCCCAUUGUACAUCAGGAAGAAAUGCUGAAGCCUGUCAGAAAAAGGCCGUCUGUUUCAACAAGAGCAAAUAAGAAAGGAAAAAAUGGACAAGAAAUAAUUGCUACAAUAAAUGAAACCGUGUUAAUCACACAGACCGAGAGUUACUCACUGGAUGAAGGCAGUGGUGUGUCAGAGGAUAACUUAAAGGGCAGCAGCAAGGAGAAGCCCAGGGGAUCGUGCAAAGAGCUGAGGACCAGAACAGACCGUGGUAAACCUCAAGUAAACAUCGAUAACCGUAUGAAACUGGAAACCAGCACGGCUAUCACCUCUACAAAACAAGCCAAGCAGGCAAAGCUCUCAGAAGUCCUCACCCGUCCCACUGUAAAGCCGCUCCAGAGCACAAGCAAGCCCCGGAAUAUCAACAAGAAACCAGUCAAACGGAAAUCGCCGAGCCAAUUUAGCUCAACUCCAGAAUCAGACAGCACUUUGUUUUCUACCUCCUCUGCACUAUCAACAGAGCCAUUAGAUCUCAUGCCCACAGUCUUGAACGCCUCUCAGUGCGUUCAAAAAGAGGAUGGCUCGAAAACGGGACUGGCCCAGCCGUCCAAGAGAACCAAAAGGGGUUUUAAAGUGGUUGUUAAAUCGUCUGCAUCAGGUGGGACUCAAGAGACAAAGCAGUGUAUCCAUGACCGUCAUUUGAUAGCCAAAGAAAACCAGCCCGAUGAAGGCAACGGUAAAGUCUCAAUGGACCCUUUGUAUUUUGAAAUGACACCUUUUGAAAGUACUCAACAACCUGUUCCUUCGUCCUCCCAACCUAAUUUAAACGGCUCUGUACAAUCAAACGAUGAAGUUAAGCACGUCACCAAUGGGAAAGAAAAGAGUGCUGCUUCUGUAUCAGAGGAGUUAUUUCCCACUGACGCUGAAGCCAGUAACCACAGCAGCAUCACUGCAAGAAGGGCUAAUAUGAAGCCAAGAAGAGCAGACAAAGAAAGGAGAAGAUGCAGGGUUCUGCAUAGCAGGACAUGUAAAGGUGAAGAGGUGACCAAGUCCAUCACUAUGGACGAUGCAGACCUGGCUACAGCAAGUUCUCACUCAGAAGGAAAUGACUUGUCAAGGCGCCUGUUGCGCAGCUACUCUUGCCCAGAGAUCCCCUCACUUCGUGUCCACGACACCUCCUGGACUUCCGCUCUGCAUUCGUCCCAUCACAGCAGGAACCACACAACACACCAGUCUUCCCACACUCCCGUCCACCAUGCCCACAAGUCCCUGCUGCGGGCUCGCCGACACACGGUCUCCAGUGUAGAAGUGGAGCGGGAGAUCGCCCCGCUCUGCCUUCGUAAGGAGGUGUACCCGUCCAGAAGAUCCCUCCCGUACGACAGGUGGUCUCCUAGUCUUGCACUUUCUCCCAGCUCUUCCCUCACCGCUCUUGCUUCCUGUUUCCUGUCAAGCCCCCUGGCUUUCCUCUCCAUGAAGGUCGACAGCAGAGGCGCUACCACCAGCCCCAGUACCUCCAGUCAUGUUUCCUCUCCCGCCUCCUGUUCUCCAAAAUACCCAACGGUAUUCCUCCAAAGAAUUGACUCGUCUAGUUCUACUACGUUGGACUAUAGUAGCAGUGGGAAUCUGUUGGCGUGUGAGAUGGAGAGAAGACAACAGAGCGAAGAGGAGGAUGAUGGCGAGGACACAAGCUCAUCCAGCCAGGAGUUUGAAGACGUAGGGUUGAGAGAAGAAAAGGCUUUGUCUGAUUCUGAGAUCAAGGUGGUGCAAAAGCAUGAGGAACGAGGGAAAGUGUCAGCUAUAAGAAUUCGGAAGACUUUACCCAAACCUCAGAACAACCUGACACCCAUGGGCCUGCCCAGACCCAUCAGGCUGAAAAAGAAGGAGUUUAGUUUGGAAGAAAUUUACACCAAUAAGAACUUCAGCAAACCCCCUGAAAGCCGGCUGGAGACCAUAUUCGAGGUGCCUCUCAAUCGCCGGGACGGCUCCUCGUCCUGGUACGGCCAGAGGCGUGUCAAACGAUUCCUGGAGUUCCUGGAUGCCGGCGAGGUCAGAAAACCAAAGAAGCCACUUGUUGGUGUUGGAAAAGCAGGUAUGUCCUCUUCCAGGACGAGACGGAGGUGCUUCCCUAAAGACGAGCCGUCCCUCAGCGUGCAGGAUGUGGACUCUCUUCUCUGUGCCAGGCUCGAUCAGCUCAGUCUGUGGUUGAUAAAUGAUCAGACAGACAGCUGACAGAUUGUUUGGCAGCCAUAGAAUAGAAAACCACUGCGGGAGAUAAUUCUGCUUAUACGACUGUUUCUAAUGUAUUCUCAACCUCUGCGCUUUUCUUCAUCAGCACAAUCUGUGUCCGAUUGUUGUGGUGACAAGUUGUUAUUAAAGAAUUAUGUUCUGUAACAUGUGUAGCCUGCAAGUUGCAGAACGACACAUCAUAGCAUCGGAGGGGAUUCCCUCAUAGAAGUUGGUUAUAAACAUGGUGGUUGUAGGAUUCACACAGUAAGUUGCUGAUUUGACAGUAAACCUCCGACGUCCAUUUUUCCCCUGGCAGCUUUCCAUCUGAUGAGUGAAACAGUUGAGAAACAAACGUUCUCGGUUUAAGCACUUUGUACGGUAUCGUAACAUUUUCAGUAUUCGGUUGUUUUUUUAAAUCUCAGACUUACCCGGAGUUUCACAUCUGCACAUCCUCCCUGGGUGCGUGAUGAUGCCGUUUUCUUUUCUUAAAUGCACAAUGCAUCGGAUUUACAUGAGCAGUCGUGACCUUGCAGCAUUAUUGUAAGAUAAUCCAUAAAGGCAGCUGAUUUAUUACAUGCUGAAUAUAACUUUUUUCCAUGCCAGCAAGAGAUUUGUAUUCGCCUCUGCCAAUUUCACAACCAAGUUUUUGUCUGUGAUUUAUAUGUACUGUCAAGUGUGUCUACAAGUAGCACUUGUUCAUCAUUCUACUCAGCUCAGUUCUCAAUUGUUCAAUUAUUUGUGUAAAUUUCGUGGCUGAAGAGGUUUAUGUUGCAUGAAAUAUAACUUGGAAACAAUACGGUGUUGAGAUUCCACUGCUGGUUGGCUUUAAAUGACCUGUGGUUCUCUGGAUGGUUUCGUGCCGUCUAUAUUUGUAUUGCGAAUGUAACUUCUGGAUGAACUGCUCAUGUAUGUAUUUUUCUUGUUGGCCAAAUUUCGACGAGAUUGCCUUAACUGUAAAAUGUUUAAAUAGAUGUUGUUGGUAAUUGUUUUUACGAGGGCGGGUCAAGAUCCUUCAAACAAAUCGGAGCACAAAGUCGUUUUUAUUAUGAAAUAGUUUCUGUUUGUAUAAAAGUACAACAUAUUGAUACAUUUGACAUUAAUACAGCUAGAAUGGUAACAAUGCAAUAUUGCCACGGUAAAGUUGUCAAUAAGAGCAGGAUCUUGUUCUCACUGCCAUCACAUGCAUGUCCUCCAGUAGAGACCCAAUCCCUGAUGAACAAGUUAAUGUCACGACUUUUUAGAUUGACAGAUGGAGUAAUUUAUUAACUUUUGUAGUAUCUGUAGUAUAUACAUUAUCUCAGAAUGAGUAUGUUAAAUUGUAAUAUUAAGGAUUGGGUCUUUAUUGGUGAAUGACAUUUCUAAUGUAUAUGUGUCAUAUAGUGUCAUGUCUCAAACUAUAGGCACUGCUGGAUUUUUAUAUGGUCGUUUCGAUUUUGAAUUGUCCAUGUUCAUAUAUUGUUAAAUAAAUAUUACAGCAUAUAACAAAGUUGUAACGUUUUUUUAUACUGUUUUCUAGAGCGGUUGAUCCUUUCAUAAAAAACACAACACCUGGUUUGGAGUACGGUAAGUAGAAUAGUGUAAACUGGGACAGGGGUCACGUCAUCAGCACAAGAAAACAGUCUGUUUUAUGUUUCUUCGUGGCGUUUAGUAGUUGAUGAGGAGCUUUGUACUGUCCGUCUCCAUUAACAUCCAAAAAGUCACUCCUCUGGUUGACUUCUGUAGCCAUUGUUCAAAGUUGAUCAGUCUCCCAGAGUGAGGAGGUACGAGAUCAGCACUAUCAGCAAGGGAGUUAAAACCAGAAUGGAAACCCAAACCACGAUGGAGAUGAUGCCAAACGUUUUUGCCCGUUUUAAAAACGGCGCCGCUUUCUCUGGAUCCUCCGCUGUCUCAGCCUGUUGAGGUAAAGACGAGACAACAUUUUUUUUAAAUUCAAUGCCAAACUUCCUUUCAGUUCACUGUGUUUGUGUUGAAGCACCACAGACCAGAACAUCCGGAGUAUGUGGUGAACAUGAAAGCGUUAUGUGGAGGAGCGUGGAAUGUGCCGCUUUGACAUUUUGACUCAAAAGUACCUUGACUGAAUUGAUCAGAGCCAUGAUUCCGAUGCAGGAGAUCCCACAGAUGAUGCUGCAGAUGGCGAGUUUCCUGUGGU